AUGGAGCAGUCACAGCGUGGCAGAGGAGACCACAGCGGUAACGGUGUUCUCCACCCUGGCCCGGGACUGGUGGCUGCGACCCCUCAUCCCUCACCGCCGGCGUUACCGGUAUCCUCGGGGAUACCAGUUCCACCAGCUUAUCUGCGGCCCUCCGGCCUCUUCCUGCGAGCUGCCGCCGCCGCCGCCGCCUCCACGGCGGGAAGCGGGGGCUGCCGGCCAGUUCCUAGGCUGGAGAGAGGCGUGAGCGCAGUGGGCUGCGGCUACCUGCGGACGCCCAAGUGCUCUCGCUGCCGCAACCACGGUGUGGUGUCGGCGCUCAAGGGCCACAAGCGCUUCUGCCGCUGGCAGGACUGCGCGUGUGUCAAGUGCACCCUGAUCUCCGAGCGCCAGCGCGUGAUGGCCGCCCAGGUGGCGCUGCGCAGGCAGCAGGCGCAAGAGGAGAGCGAGGCUCGGGGACCGCAGAGUUUCUUGUACCCUGGAGUCUCGGGUCCGGAGGGUCGGGCGUCCAAAAGCCGCGGUAGAACGGUGAAUUCCCAGGCUGCCGGCGAGCCUAAGGCGGUGCCCGCUCAGGAAUUGGGUGCCUUGAGACCAGCUAGUGGUCUGGCAACCCCUGCUAUCGAGGUUAUUCAGCAAGAUGAUGCAGAGGACAAACAAGAACAAAAGGGGAGUCAAUGUGACUCAUGCCAGAGUGGACAAGAAGAGCCAUGCUCUAAAUCCCACCAGCUUUCUUUGAGAUCAUCUUCUAAGUCUAAUGGUGCCAUUGGGAAAAAAAGCAUCAGGUCAUCUACUUCAGAACACUCAAAAAAGCAUGAUAGCAUCCAGUCUCCUUACUCUGGGGAGCAAUCAGGAGGUGAAGACAGUCCCAGGUCCUUAUCAUCCUCUGAUCUGGAAUCAGGAAAUGAGAGUGAGGGGGCUAAAGACUGCAUUGCAGUGAGAGCCAGCCUUCCCAUGAUGUCCUCAAGACCAAGAGAUCCUCUUGAUAUUCUUAUCAGGAUUUUCCCACGUUACAGGCUCACCUGGCUAGAAAGUGUUCUACGGUUCUGCAAAGGGGAUGUGGUCCAAGCCAUUGAACAGAUCUUAAAUGGGAAAGAACGCAAGCAAGAUACCAGGGAUCUAGCAUACUCCAGAAAACUGGAAAACACAGCCUUUUCAAGAGCUUCAAAUUUUAGUCUAGCUAGAAUUGGUUUUGGAACUCUAGGUAAUAAAUCAGCUUUCUCUCCUCUUCAAACCCCAUCUGCUUCUUACAGAGGUGAUUCAAACCUCUACAGCUUAAAUCCUAGACUAGAGAUUAGUCCAUUACGACUGGCAUAUUCUUCGCCAGGGAGAGGGCUGUCUGGUUUUGUGUCACCCUACCUAACACCUGGGUUGGUUCCAGCAUUGCCUUUUCAGCCAUCUUUGGAUUAUACUUUUUCAGGGAUGAUAAGGGAUACUUCCUACUUUCCCAGUAAAAGCUCAAUAACUGGUAGUAGGCUGUAUUUUAGACCCAGUCAGGACAGUCUGUAA